UGCUGGGAGCGACAAAGGUAUCUAGCUAAAGCUAGUACAUACCGAUAAGUGUCUUUCGCCCACUAUUUCCCGCAGUUCUGUUAACAAUGGCAAGGGCAUCUGAUCGGCAGGCGGGGGCGAAGGACACUGUUUACCGAUGUUGCUAGCAAAGAGGACUCCGGUCACAACGGGAAAAACUCAAGAUAACUUUGAUUUCCCUUUUGACCUAAUAGUUGGGAUUUCAGCCACACCCGUUUCUGACAGGUGUAUAAAAUCGAGCACACAUGCAAUCUCCCCAGCCAAACAUUUGCCUUACUGAAGAGCUCAGUGACUUUCAAUGUGGCACCGUCAUAGGAUGCCACCUUUCCAACAAGUCAGUUUGUAAAAUUUCUGCCCUGCUCGAGCUGCCCCGGUCAACUGUAAGUGCUAUUGUGGUGAAGUGGAAAAAUAUAGGAGCAACAACGGUAGGCCACAAGCUCACAACAGGACCAGUAUGCUACACAAUCUCACGGAACAGGACCGCUUAGUGCAGGACGCACGUAGUGUGUAAAAAUCGUCUGCCCUCGGUUGCAACACUCACUACAGAGUUCCAAACUGCCUCUAGAAGCAACGUCAGCACAAUAACUGUUAGUUGGGAGCUUAAUGAAAUGGGUUUAUAUGUCAGAUUAACCGCACAUGAGCCUAAAAUCACCAUGCGCAAUGCCAAGCGUUGUCUGGAGUGGUGUAAAGCGCGCCGCCAUUGGACUGGAGCAGUGAAAACGCGUUCUCUGGAGUGAUGAAUAAUGCUUUACCAUCUGGCAGUCCGAUGGACAAAUCUUGGUUUGGUGGAUGCCAGGAGAACGCUACCUGCCCGGAUGGAUAGUGCCAACUUUAACAUUUAGUGAAAGAGGAAUAAUGGUCUCGGGCUGUUUUUCAUGGUUCGGGCUAGGCCUCUUUGUUCCAGUGAACGGAAAUCUUAACAUUACAUCAUACUUUCUAGACGAUUCUGUGCUUCCAACUUUGUGGCAAUAGUUUGGGGAAGGCCAUUCCCCAAGCUGAGCAUGACAAUGCCCCUGUGUACAAAGCGAGGCCCAUACUGAAAUGGUUUGUUGAGAACGGUGCGGAAGAACUUGACUGCCCUGCACAGAGCCCUGACCUCAACCCCAUCUAACACCUUCUGGGAUAAAUUGGAACACAGACUGCGAGGCAGGCCUAAUCGCCCAACAUCUGUGCCCAACCUCACUAAUGCUUUUGUGGCUGAAUGGAAGCAAGUCCCCGCAGAAAUGUUCCAACAGAUUCUAGUGGAAAGUCUUCCCAGAAGAGUGGAGGCUGUUAUAGCAGAAAAUGGGGGGACCAACUCUAUAUUAAUGCCCAUGAUUUCGGAAUGAGAUGUUUGACGAGCAGGUAUCCACAUACUUUUGGUCAUGUAGUGUAGUUUUAAUUACAAGUUGAACUAGCUAGCUACACUACAAGUAAAUCAGCUCUUUUGACCAUAGUUUCUUGUCUGGAUACGGGUGGAACUAAAAAUAGGGACUUGAAGUACAUCGGACAUAAACAACAAGCACACAUUUAACGCGUACAUUUUUUAAAACAAAAUGAGUGAAAGAAGCACCGAUUUCUUUUGAGAUAUUUUGAAUGACAGUUGUAAUUUGAAAUGUCUGAGCUGGCAUUGGAUGAAAUGUCCGUUUUAUCAGCAAUUUACUGUGAAAAGGACGAAUUUGAGCUACUUGAGAAAUCAGAAUCGCUAUGCCAGGGAUCAUCGACUAGAUUCAGACGUCGAGCCCAGAACAUCGUUACAAAUAAUUUGUAGGCUACAAAUUCACGCAGAAAAGGGACUUGUAUUCCGCAUCCAGAUGGAGGUGGAAGCAGCCACCAGUGAGAGAACUCUUUUGAGUCUCCUCUUCCAACUGCCGACAGAGUACCCCCACUGUGUCCCAAAAAUAAGUGUCAGCUCUAAACAGCUCUCCAGGAAACAAUGCCAACACAUCAAGCAGAGUCUGCUGGAAAAGGCCUCCGCACUGGAGCCAGACCCCAUGGUUCAUGAACUACUGCUGUGGCUCCAACAGAACUUCACUGAACUUACUUUAAAUGACCAGUCCCUGGUGGAGGUGCAAGAGGAGGGUGGUGAGGAGGAGACGUGGAUAGCUCUUUUUCUAAUAGACCAUAUGAGGUCCAAAACAAAAUAUAUAAAGGCAAUUGAAAAGUGGAGCUCGGAUUUGGGGCUCACCGGAAGGCUGUUCUUGGGGAAGUUGAUACUGGUCCUUCUUCAAGGCACAAGGAGGAGUAUCAAGGAAUACAUCCAUCUCCAGAGAACUGUGAAAGUAGAUGUGGAUUCAUCAGGAAAGAGAUGCAAAGAGAAGAUGAUGAGAAUUCUUUGUGAAACCCAAGUCUCAGACCUCAAACGGAUCUCAUCUUUUGAAAUCAAAGAGUUUUUGUCCCUUGAGGAGCUGCAAAGGGAGUUUGAGCAAGUUGGACUAAUGAAACUGUACCAGGAGUUUGUGGCCACAUUGCCGUAGCCAUCAUGGCUUUUGUCAAGUCAUGCUUUUCCAGACUGGUGCAGAUUAUGUGAACUUUAUACUUUCCAUAUGACAGUCAACGGAAGGACUAAUCUAAACAUCUGAUUAACAUUCAGUUAUGGGUUACAUUUGUGCAUUGAACAUGUAAAAGGUAUUCAAAAGGUUUUUCUACCAUCCACAUGAUGGCAGCAAAGUCUACCAUUUGAAUCAAAGAUUUGUAAAGUUGUUAGUUUAUUGAAAUCUUUUUUUUUUAUUGUCACACACUGGAUAGGUGCUUUGAAAUGUGUUGUUAUACAGGGUCAGCCAUAGUUGCAUGCCACCCCUGGAGCAAAUUACUGUGAAGUGCUUUGCUCAACAGCACAUCGAUAGGUUUUUCACCUUGCCAACUCAGGUAUCCACUUAGGCUAUUCCCUAGUUGAAAAGUUGUGCCUUGCUUUCUACUCCUGACAGAUUUGUUCCUCCUUCUUGUACCUCUUCAUCAGAUGAAAUACAUGAAGGUUAAGGUCAUAUAGAAAAACUUCUAUAAAGUGGUCCACAAAUCUCUGAUGUUACAUGAAAGUUGCAUCAUAGGACUUAGCUUCGGGUUGCGUCGUGGAUGUUGUAUACAGAUGCGUAUCGUUCCGAUGCCUAGCGUCUGAAAUUAAUAACAGCCAUACAGUUUUAGCCUUGCGAGCCACCCUGAUUUCGCAAGCUUACAUACAGUGCAUUUGGAAAGUAUUCAGAUCCCUUGACUUUUUCCACAAUUUUGUUACGUUACAGACUUAUUCUAAAAUGUAUUAAAAAUAAAAAUUUCUACAUAGAAUGCCCCAUAAUGACAAUACCUUAUUUACAUAGGUGUUCAGACCAUUUGCUAUGAGACUCGAAUUUGAGCUCCGGUGCAUCCUGUUUCCACUGAUCAUUCUUGAGAUGUUGCUACAACUUGAUUGGAGUCCAGCUGAGGUAAAUUGAAUGGUCAUGAUUUGGUAAGGCACACACAUGUCUAUAUAAGGUCCCACAGUUGACAGUGCAUGCCAGAGCGCAAACCAAGCCAUGAGGUUGAAGGAAUUGUCCGAAGAGCUCAGAGACAGGAUUGUGUCCAGGUACAGAUCUGGGGAAAGGUGCCAAAAAUGUUUGCAGCAUUGAAGGUCCCCAAGAACACGGGCUUCCAUCAUUCUUAAAUGGAAGACGUUUGGAACCAACAAGACUUCCUAGAGCUGGCCGCCCGGCCGAAAUGAGCAAUAGGGGGAGAAGAGCUUUAUUCAGAGAGAUGGCCAAGAACCCGAUGGUCACUCUGACAGAGCUCUAGAGUUCCUCUGUGGAAAUGGGAGAACCUUCCAGAAGGACAACCAUCUCUGCAGCACUCCACCAAUCAGGUCUAUAUGGUAGAGUGGCCUGACUGAAGCCACUCCUUAGUAAAAGGCACAUGAUAGCACGCUUGAAGUUUGCCAAAAGGCAUCUAAAGCAUUCUCAGACCAGCGUCACUGACUUGCCUAGUUAAAUAAAGGUGAAAUUGUAAAAAAUAAAAGUCACGGCUGGAAGAAACCUGGCAUCAUCCCUACUGUGAAGCAUGGUGGUGGCAGCAGCAUCAUGCUGUGUUGAUGUUUUUCAGCGGCAGGGACUGUGAGACUAGUCAGGAUCGAGGGAAAGAUGAACGGCGCAAAGUACAGAGAGUUCCUUAAUGAAAACCUGCUCCAGAGCACUCAGGACCUCAGACUGGGGCGAAGGUUCAUCUUCCAACAGGACAUCGACCCUAAGCACACAGCCAAGACAAUGUAGGAGUGGCUUCGGGACAAGUCUCUAAAUUUCCAUGAAUAGCCCAGCCAGAGCCUGGACUUGAACCCGAUCAAACAUCUCUGGAGAGACCUGAAAAUAGUUGUGCAGCGACGCUCUCCAUUCUGACAGAGCUUGAGAGGAUCUGCAGAGAAAAAUGUGAGAAACUCCCUAAAUGCAGGUGUGCCAAGCUUGUAGCGUCAUACCCAGUAAGACUCAAGGCUGUAAUCGCUGCCAAAGGUGCUUCAACAAAGUACAGCGUAAAGAGUAAGAAUACUUAUGUAAAUGUGCUAUUUCAGUUUUUUAUUUUUAAUACGUAAUUUUUUUUAACCUAAACCUGUUUUUGCUUUGUCAUUAUGGGGUAUUGUGUGUUGAUUGAUUAGGGGUUGGGGGGAACAAUUUAAUCAAUUUUAGAAUUUGCCUGUAAUGUAACUAAAUGUGGAAAAAUCAAGGGGUCUGAAUACUUUCUGAAUUCACUGUAAAUGGUUAGCUGUAUCCGUGUCACAAAACCGAAUGUAAUCUCGCAAAACUUCCGGGUGUUUGUACAAGGUUAAUAAAAGUGUACAGUUGAACAAAAAAUUAAGAUUCCUGUUGACAAAGGCAUAUCUAUAAUCUCAAAAACAUUUAAAAACAGAUUUUAUCCAGGGUCUUCCAUUCUAAUGGUUAGCCUAGUAUUGUCAUUUUUUUACUGGAAAACACUCGUUCUUCGACAUAUGUCCACACACAUAAGGCUGUAAUUAAUUUAGGCUGGAAGGUACAGGAACAAUGCUAAACUAGGAUGCUGUCUGUAUACAGCAUCCUAGUUGCGAUUUGAAACUGCUUAGGACUAUGUAACGUCCCAUAAACCUGUUCAUGUAUUUGUAACUGUCUAUGUAACUCUAUGUAACUGUCUAUGUCUAUGUAACUGCCUAUGUCUAUGUAACUGUCUAUGUAACUGUCUAUGUCUUUGUAACUGUCUAUGUAACUGCCUAUGUCUAUGUAACUGUCUAUGUCUUUGUAACUGUCUAUGUAACUGUCUAUGUCUAUGUAACUGUCUGUCUAUGUAACUGUCUAUGUCUAUGUAACUGUCUAUGUAACUGUCUAUGUCUUUGUAACUGUCUAUGUAACUGUCUAUGUCUAUGUAACUGUCUGUCUAUGUAACUGUCUAUGUCUUUGUAACUGUCUAUGUCUAUGUAACUGUCUAUGUCUUUGUAACUGUCUGUCUAUGUAACUGUCUGUCUAUGUAA